GCGUCUAGAUUGGGCAGAAGAAAAUUUGGGUGGAAAUACCAAGUUAAGCCAAUCCAUUCCAAUUGAAUUGAAAAAUAGAUUGAUCCUGCAGGUCUCCUCCUUCCGCAGGAAUCCUCCCACGAUCCCGCGGUAAGAGAAGGAAGGAAGGGUGAUUGGUGCAGUUGCAGCAACACAGUUUCUCUCCGUAACUAUUAACUCUCUUUUCUCUCAAAUGGUCGGAGGAAGCAAAGAAUUUCCCUUUUUUUGAACUCUUUGUUUCCUUCCGUAGUUCCGUUUCAUUUGCCCACUCUAAGGCCCACGCCUUCCAUUUUUAAUUGCAGGAUUAUCAGACUCUUGGAAGCCCGUCAUGACUACUGAUACUAAUACUUUGAGUUAUUGGUUGAACUGGAGGUUCCUUCUGUGUGCUUUGUUUCUAUCAAUCGUUAUGGUUGUGGCAGCACUGUUAAUAUGGAAAUAUGAAGGUUUCAAAAGACGCAAAUCUGGAUCAAGAGAAGAUUCACAAGAUUCAGUUGGGUCAUUGUACGAGGAUGAACUCUGGCGGACGUGUCUUAAAGGAAUACAUCCAGUUUGGCUGCUAGCUUACAGAAUGCUUGCUUUUGCUGUGCUUUUUGGAUUGAUAUUAAGUGAAGCUGUUGUUUCUGGAGGGGGGAUAUUUUUAUUUUACACUCAGUGGACAUUCACAUUGGUCACACUCUACUUUGGGCUUGCAACUUCAUUCUCCAUUUAUGGUUGUUGCAGAAAAUGUAAUGACAGUGGCAGCUCAACCGAGCAUACAAAUUUAGAUGCAGAGCGAGGCAGUUAUGUGCCACCGACUCUUGGUGUGGAGAGCCCUGACGUGGCUAAUACGGCCAAGAGUUUGAACUCCCAUGAAUAUUUUCAUACUCGCAAAGCUGCUGGUGUGGGGGGAUAUGCAUUUCAAAUUAUUUUUCAGAUAUCUGCAGGUGCUGUAAUACUUACAGACAUAGUAUUUUGGUUCAUUCUUUAUCCAUAUCUUCUAUCUCGAAGUCGUGGGCUAAGUUUUUUUGUUGUUACCAUGCACUCGGUUAAUGCUGUUUGUCUUCUUGGUGAAACAAUUUUGAAUGGUUUGCGAUAUCCAUUCUUUCGGAUUGGAUAUUUUGUACUGUGGACAGGGAUAUUCGUCAUUUUUCAAUGGAUCCUCCAUGCUUGUGUUUCAAUGCCGUGGCCUUAUCCAUUUCUUGACUUGUCACCCCCGUCCGCGCCAUUAUGGUAUGCUGGGGUUGGGUUGAUGAAUGUACCUUGUUUUGGGGUCUUCGCCUUAGUGAUCAAAAUGAAACAGUCUCUAUUGCCAAAAUUGUUCCCACGGUCGUUUCAGGAGUCGAGCUGACAAUCGAAGCAGACUAUCAUGAAAUCGGUGGUUAUGAAGCUGUGUUUUCCAGUGAUCCCCAUCAAGUUUGCUUCAAAUAUUGAGUAUUGAGGACGUAAAUAUUACACAUAUACAACAUACUGUGCAUCUAAGCGUGAUGAUGAAGUGCAAAAGACAGGCGGUUGGAUGGACGCAUACUCUAACAAAGCUCAAAUAGGUGGAGGGUACCAGUACCAGAUUUUGUAAGCCUUUUUCCAUGGUCAAUACUCAUAUAUGAAAUUCUUCCAUCUUCCCAAUUAAUUUCUUUUUUUUUUUUGUUUUGGCCGAGUCACUCUGCUAACUUCUUUUCCCUCCCAAUUGGCCAUAUAAUUUACUUGAAACAUUAAUUUGUGGUAUGAAAUGUACCUUCCCUGUUUCUUGUUUCCGACGUUUUACUACAAUGCAAAAAUAUCCUUAAUUAUUCUUUUUGGAAAGAUA